UGACUGCAGCAGGACCGACUCCAUGCACGCGCCCCAUCAUCCCGACUUCCAUCUCUCCAGCGCAGACGUGCAACCUCCCCUCUCGGUCGAGCGCAGCAUUACCCACGAGGGAAAGGAAAGUGAAAUCCACCGUGAAUCUCGCCGUCCCCUCAGGGUCCACCCAUACGCAUUGCCAUCCCCGUGAAGAAAC